GCGUUGCUGAAACAUGGCGGCUGCGAUGGACGUCGACACCCCGAGCGGGACAAACAGCGGCGCCAGUAAGAAGCGUUUUGAAGUCAAAAAGUGGAAUGCAGUGGCUCUGUGGGCCUGGGACAUCGUGGUGGAUAACUGCGCCAUCUGCAGAAACCACAUCAUGGACCUGUGUAUAGAGUGUCAGGCCAAUCAGGCUUCUGCCACAUCAGAGGAGUGCACAGUGGCCUGGGGAGUGUGUAAUCAUGCAUUUCAUUUCCAUUGCAUCUCCCGAUGGUUAAAGACGCGGCAGGUGUGUCCUCUGGACAACAGGGAGUGGGAGUUCCAGAAGUACGGACACUGAACUCCGCAUGCAUCCUUUUUGUUGAGUUUUACUUUUGAAAGGCAUCUUGUAUCACCUUUCAAAAUGUUUAAUAAAUACCGUGUGUGUUGUUGUUAUAGUUCCACUGGGUGUUAGUUACUGUUACCAGCUGGAAGUUUAUUAUUUUCAUAUAAGAUUGUCUGUCUGUUUUAUUCCUCUUACACCAACAAUUAAAGAAAGUCAUGUUAUACCCAAAUGAUAUUUGCACCCCCUCCUUCCCAUCUCUCCAUCCCUAGUUGAGAACCACUGUUUUAUAUGAACACAGCAUGGCUGAUUUUGUUUCAUGAUGCAUUCUCCUCCAAUAUUAAAAACCCACAAGGUGUCAGAUCUGCAA